ACCAGUGAGACAUGUGAACACCCACAGAGGGGAAACAAAUCAACAUGGCGUAAGCUCUACACGACAACAAGCGACUCGAGGAUCAGUGAAUGAGUACUUCCCGUUUUUGUCGGGCCCUUGGAAUUUAUUCACAUAACAUGCCAAAAUUUGGCCACUAUGCUGUCAGGAGUGGACGGAAUGUGGGAGUUUUUGAGUCCUGGGAUGAAUGUAAAUCCAAUGUGGAUGGCUUCCAAGGUGCCCGGUACAAGAAGUUUGGAACAGCUCAGGAGGCUUGGGACUUUGUGAAUGCCAGUGACGAUCCAAAUCCUUAUUUCCAAAAAGGACAUCAAUCUCAGGGAGGAAAAUAUCACAAGAAUUAUUCUGCGCCAUCGUCGUCUAACUACAGCAAGAAAUCCGUAGCUGCAAGUUAUGCACCUGCUUCAAUAGGCUAUGAACCGCAACAGAUAAAAUACAUUCCUCAGAGCUCGUACAGCACCAAGAGAAAACACGACCUGGAACCUGAGUACGCAAGCAGCUCAUUUACAUAUCAAUCCAAGAAGAUAAGAAGUUCCAGCACUUGUUCAUCAUCAUCAUCAUCUCGUAGCUCAUCUUCUUCAUCUCCGCCAUUAGGAAUCGGACGGGCUGUUGUAUACACUGAUGGCUCAUGUGAGAGUAACGGACGUAGGGGCGCCAGGGCUGGAGUCGGUGUGUAUUGGGGAGACAACCACCACUAUAACACCAGUGAGAGACUAGAGGGAAGACAGACCAAUCAGAGAGCUGAGAUUACGGCUGCCAUAAGAGCUCUAGAAACGGCCAAGGCUAGGGAUAUCAAAGAGCUUACAUUGUACACAGAUAGCAAGUACACAAUGAAAUCCAUAACAGAAUGGAUGCAUCGCUGGAAACACAAUGGCUGGAAGACAGCGGGAAACAAAGACGUUCAGAACAAGGAAGAUUUAAAGACGCUUGAUGGUCUCUGUCAACAAGUCAACGUAGACUGGAAAUACGUGCCAGGCCAUGCCAAUAUCAAAGGCAACGAAGCAGCGGAUUCCCUAGCAAGGGCCGGAGCAAGAAUGGAAUCUACUAGAUGAUAGUUCAGUUGCAGCCACCUGUCAUAUAUCCUAUAUACAAUGUUGGUAAUCAAUACUGAAGUGUAAAAAGGGAACAGACUACGAACCCUUUUUAUUGCAACUUAUUGAAAGCCGUAAGUGCAAACCAAAACUGGAUGCUACAGUUCGUAAAAAUAAUGAUGGUUUUGUUGGAAACAAAGCGACAAAUCAUGGGAUGAAUGUUUUUGUUGAAUGGACAUUUGCAGAAGUGUUAAUUUCGGUCAUAUUAUCUGUUCAAACGAUUCAAUUCAUUCGGCCGUACAAGCCAAACAGGGCAGUUGUUAACGACAAUGGAAAGGUCUAUUGUGUUAUCCUGCCUUGCCUAGAUGUAAAAGGCGAAGCAAGGCGUCUGUUAAUUGUGGAGCGCCGCAACAGUGCAUGGCAAACCACUAAUAAAAUGACAAGGAUCUCUGGGUGUUGUAUAAAACAAAAACAAGUUAGUUUACUUGCCUCUUUUGACUAACUACGUAUAUUUAUUGUUAUGGAUUUAUUUUGUGUUCAAAAAUGUUUACUAAUGUUGGAAUAAAUCUUUAUGGAGUUGAGAUUAAGUUUGUUGACAUGCCUGUUUGUGUGAAGUUGUACAAAGAUGCUGCAGUAGAGGUAGUCUUUGUUUCAAGACGUUCAUUAUCACUCAAAAGCUUCCAGAUCUCACCCACACAUCACAAAAAAACGAGUUUGGGACUUCCAGAGAACGCCUCCCCUCUCUCGGUGAAUUAGUUGCGACGUGUGUAGUGUUGAGUGUAUGUAGGCACUAUGGUUUUUUAAUCUCAACAAGAACGUCCUGCACCAAGGCAACACAUGGCAUCAUACAAACACCUUCAAGGCUGAAAUUUAGUAAGGGGGGGGGGGAGGGUCAACAAGACUGCCGGGCUUGUAGCUCUAAAUUUAUUACAAGACUAGAUCCAAAAUGAGAAAUAAAAGGCAAUCUUCUGUCUUCGGCUUCCAAAUUUAAGGGGAUGGGUGAUUUACUGAGGGACACAAAAUAAUUACUGCAUGUCUAGUACAUGUACAUCCACUGUUUGAAACUCAACCAUGGUUUAGAAUGGUGCCGAUUCAGGAAUGCUUAGUGUCCGAUGACGACGGGUAAAUAGCCAUUAACUCCAUUGUACAUGUAAUGAACCUGUACACUGAAAAUGAUUCAUUCAAAUUAACUACAAUUUAUUUUUGUCUAUAUAUAAUUUUAUUGCAUAUGUUGAAAAUCAAACUUGCUUUAAAAAUGAAGGCAUUACUACAGAAACGGUGCCAUUUUACUACAAACUUGAACUUGCGUUUUCUUCCAACCUCUUAAAAUCACAAUGCAAGUACUACUAGCUAAGUAUACAUAGCAAAUUAGGAAAACCAUUGAAAGAUAAAAUAAAUUAUAAUGAGUUUGAUGAGGUUUUCAAACCUAGUCUUGACUCAAGACAAUGAUCCAUAGUGGAUUGUGAAUGUAUGCUCGUCUCGUUGUAAUAAAUAAAAGCACCCUCUAACGCAGAAGAGUAAGGGCUUGUGCAUUACUACGAGCGUACAUACACAAAUCCAAGAAAACUUCUCAAGUGAGGAUCAAACCUCAAGCCGUCUAUCUGUCUUCUGAUCUGGGCUCAAUUUCACAACGAGUUAGGACUAGUCCUGACCAUGGCUUAUACAAGUAUUUAAAAUAUUUAUGAUAAGUAAACUUUCACGUCAUGCAAACUAUACAUAGAUACAAAUUAAUACAGGUACGAUGUAAUUAUAGCCCAAUAUGUCUGUCAUCAUUGGUAAUUGAAGUAUUUUUCAAGAAACUUUCAGUUUGUGGGUUAGGAUUAAAAAAGGAAUAAUGGUUUUUAGAACCUGUAUACAGUUGUCAAUCUUCAACUGGCGAGAAAAAACAAGAGCAGAUGGUGACAAUAUUUUAAUUUGACAGAUUUUGUAUAAAACCACUGAAAUGAUCUCAGUUUAAAUGAUGUUUAAGUGAUAAUUACAAAGUACUCAUUUUAAAAUGUAAAUUAAGU